AUGAAGCUUUGGCCGCAUCCAGCUGGCUUACCCUUCGGCUCAUGGCGGAGGGACCGGUCCAAGGAGCCGUCCAAGGAGCCAUCCAAGGAUCGUCCAUAUGAACGACCCAGUCCCCCCAAGGCGUCCCAAGAUGCGGCUGGUACCAAGACCAUUCGUCGCGAUCCUCGUCCUCGACUAUCGUUACCACCGCAAAGUCCAACGAUGUCGACCUCAACUCAGGCGUGGAAGUCAAAAAAGUUUGGGGUGCCCAUGAUGGAGGGCCGGGUCGCCCAAACCUCGAAAGUCAAGAGAUGGGAUGGGGCUGCCAGAUCUUGCAGUGACUGGGAUAACUUGAGGCGGGAUCCCGAAUUGUGGUUUCGCAGCGGCAACUGCUUUGUGCACUUGUACGGCAAAGGUCAAUCGCGGAGAGGACCAGCCUUCAAAGUCCCUUUUGAAGCUUUGCUCUCCGCGAAAUGCCAUCCUCUAAUCCAGAAGUACAUGUCACGCAGUAUGCCGACGUCUUCUCGACCUUCCCGCGACCAAGACGGAGACCUGGAACGGUGGCAUGCCCUCAAUCCCAACACAAGGAUUGAGCUAUAUAUCCCGGCACCUCUUACGGCCGAUAAAGAGCAGGCUUUUGCUUACCAUUUGGCAACUCGUAACUUUUUUGCCUGGAUUUUCAGACGGUCAAUGGUUGGCGAGCAUCUCGGCAACGCUUUGAUCGAACUCAUGAGCAAUAUGGCAGAAUUCAGGAGCAAAGACGUGGACAACAUGGCGGACUUGAUAUCCUAUCUCGACGAGGAGGGUUAUAUGGACUUAAAAGGCCGACCGCAACAUGCCCUGGCGAUUCUGCAUUUGGCCGAAUACUUUCAGAUGCGGGAUAUGUACAUUGACGCCUUCAGUCACUGUGUUGGAAUGAGCGAGGAGCUCUUCUGCAAUCCCGAGUAUCAGCAUAUCAGCUCAAUCUCCAGAACACUGAUUCGCAGGGCACGUUCAGAUAUGAACAACAAGCUCAGCCAAGCCAGCCAUAUGUUGAAAACAUUUCUUGAAGAAGAGUUAUCCGAAGCUAAUUUGGGCCUGUCGUCCGGAAGCCGGGCCCACCUGGACCGUUUCCGCUCCUUCGUCCUAUCGUUUUACACGACGAAGCUAGGUUACUACCCGCCGCUUUCAAUGGACUCGCGAAGCACGAUAUUCGAACCCGAUGUUUUCGACACACUGCGCAGAGAUUUCCGGGCGGUCUAUGAACUACUAGUGGAUGAAGGAUUUACCUCAGAUGACAGCAGCCCUCUGCUUGCGCAGGGAGGAAUCUGCGCAGUGCAAAGUGUGCAGGCAUUUGAUGAGCGAUGCGAUUACCCAUCACUUAAACACCCGUUGCCUCUUCUGCCGGAGUUGAACGAUGAUAAGUCUUCGCGCCGGAUGUCGCUUGCAUGGUUAGGCAACGCUUCGCGGGCAGACAAGCUCAAGCCUGACAAUCGAUUGGUCGCCCAUGCAGCCUUGAUUAAGGCAAUGAACGUACGCGAUGCGGGAUUGCUUGACAACGACUUUGUCCACGCUUACCGCAAGUUCGAAGAAGAUUCAGUUGCACCCCACGCCAAAGUCGACAAGACAGAGAAGAUCAGCCUUGUAGACGCCCGAAAGGUGCGGUGGAUUCUAAUCUACGCCGUCCACCAGGUGCUUCGCAACUGCACAGAACCUCCUCCCGAAGUUCGCGACAGUGCUGAUGCUGAUUACCACAUUGCUGUUUCAACUGAGCAGCUGCCACCUUGGAGGACCGCGCGUGAUUUGAAGCCUCUUCUUCCGAGGCGGACGAGCUUUACGCCCAACAUGCAGCGCUCUCAAUCCGUUUCACACUGGGCCAUCAACGGUCCGAUAUCCCCUGCCCUGGUCUCACCCAGCAUUGUCAUCGAGCCGGAUGUCGACCACACGGCCAGGACACGCCGCGAGGAGAUGCUCGCCCGGCGGCAAUCAGUAUGCGGUACCCCAGCCGCGCAAAAUCGAUCUCGCAGUCGAAGCUUGUCUCGCAACAGUCCGUUCCGACGAACCCUCAGUAUGUUCCGAAAGAACGAGGAAGAACUUUCCCCGGCCCCAAGAAAAGCAUCCUACUGCGAGAUUGUUGUACACGGCUACGGUAACGGUACCAAUGCGGUGACCAAGCGAUCCGCAGUCCCCAUCGAAACUCCCGAGAUGUCCCCAACCACCGUCGUACCCCGUUCCAUCCAACCUAUUCGCAUCGAUGACCGCCGUGUCGAGUCUCCCGAACUCUCUCCGACGACCGUCAUGCCAGUACCACGUUCUUACUCCACAUCUUCAGCAUCAAGCGGCGUCUCGGAAGCAUCUGCUGGCGGCGCCAGUAUCGCAACUGUCGACUCCACGGCCCCACCAACGUCGCCCGACGCGCCAGACAAGAACUGGCCCAACCAAGAAUCGCCCAUCCUGGGUCCGAUUCCCCUUCGUGGCCGCCGGCGCGUCAGAGAUGUGCUCUCCUUUAUGGGUUCAACUCCAGCCAGCUCCUCGGAACGGUCUAGAAACCGGCGCCACAGUGUUGUUGCGCAAGGGAGCUACGCGCACGACUACGAGGAACUGAUCAAGGAGCAGGAGGCAGUGUUCCGCCGACACGAGCUUGAGCCUCUACCGCUGCAGAUUCGCAAAGCUUCUGCUUCGAUAAAGCAUGAAAGCCCGGCCGUGGAGGAUGCCGAUAUCAAGCCAGAGUGGGAGCAGUUUAGAGACCUUGGUGGACUAAAGAGCUUCUCACCGUUGAACAUUUAA